AUGGAUGUCGACGAAUCUGACCCCAAUCACGAGGAGAUUUGGGACGAUUCAGUCCUGAUCGACUCGUGGAACGAUGCUCUGCGGGAGUACAAGAAAUACCACAGCAUCCACGCAAAAGGCGGCAGCAUACGAGACUUGGAACAAGCCGAGGUCGAAUCAUCCAAGGCCGACUUGACUCCCAAGAUGGAAGAAUCGAAGGAAACCCUGGGCCAUGUCCCAGAUCUGUCGGAUAAAGGUGCCGAUGCAACAGACGAUGUUCCCGCCAAGAAGCAGUCAGAGAGCACACAGCCAGCACACGGCUUAGACUCUUUGCCCAAGCCGUUUCCGCCUCAGGCAAUACUUGGCACAGUGCGCGACGAGAAUCUGAAAAAGCUCCUCAUGUCGUGGUACUACGCUGGUUAUUAUACCGGCCUGUUUGAGGGACAACAGCAAGCACAGCAGCAAUCGCAGCAGAAGACGGAGCAGUCGCGUUGACCACUUGACCACGUUUGUUGAAGCCUUGGUUUGUCUGUCGGCGUCAACUAAUACUAGUAAGUGAUCGUGGGGGGAAGAAAAGGUGCUGCGCCACGGCGGUUGA